ACGCGUCCCGUAUUUAAAUAUCGGCCGUUCUAAUCGAUACAUUGUGAUUUUCGACCGCUUGAAUAAGCGCGUCACCGAGAUAUUCCCGACGAAGAAGAAAACGACUUCGGCGAUCGCUGAUCGAAGAUGAAUCGUUGGAUAUUCGCUCUUGCAGCUUUAGCCGCCUUGGCUUCCGCUGCGCCGGAUCAUGAAAGUCAAACGGACAGGAUUGUGUGCUACUACGGUAGCUGGGCUGUUUACCGACCAGGCAGUGGCAAAUGCUCAGUCGAGGAUAUUGACCCGACACUGUGUACCCAUCUCAUCUAUACCUUCGUUGGAAUAUCUACUGAGGGUGACGUGAGAGUCUUGGACUCAUGGAACGAUCUUUCCGACAAUUAUGGCAAAGACGCUUUCGGUAGAUUCAACGCGCUUCGUAAAUUGAGCCCCAGUACCAAGACACUUGUCGCAAUUGGUGGAUGGAACGAGGGGUCCCUCAAGUACUCCACAGUAAUGGCCAAUUCGGCAACACGUGCCAGAUUCGUCAAGAACGUCGUGGACUUUACGUUAAAAUACAACUUCGACGGCUUCGACUUGGACUGGGAGUAUCCUAAUCAACGCGGCGGCAAACCGGAAGACGUACAGAACUUCGUGUCGUUGACGAAGGAACUCAGAACUGAAUUCGACAAACAUGGCCUUAUCCUCAGUGCUGCCGUUGGCGCUGCCGAAACCUCCGCCUCUCAAUCUUAUAAUAUCCCCGAAAUAUCGAAAUACUUGCACUUCAUCAACAUAAUGUCGUACGAUCUUCACGGUUCGUGGGAGAAGCAUACCGGUCACAACGCUCCGCUUUAUGCGCGCCCGGACGAGACUGGAAACGACCUUAAGCUCAAUGUUGACGCAUGCGUGAACUAUUGGCUGGACCAAGGUUGCCCGCCCAACAAAAUAGUUGUCGGUGUGCCAUUCUACGGCAGAUCCUUCACCCUCGCCGACCCAAAAAAUAAUGGACUUAGAGCUCCUACAACUGGACCUGGCGCCGCUGGACAGUACACUCGUGAGGGUGGAAUGCUCGGUUACAACGAAAUCUGCACGAACUUGAAACAAGGCUGGUCCAUGGUCCGCCAAGAGGACAGCACCCCGUAUGCCUACAAUGGCAACCAAUGGGUUGGCUACGAUGACGUGACCUCUCUCAAGGUGAAAACUAACUACAUCAAAUCGAAGAAACUCGGUGGCGUGAUGUUGUGGAGUGUCGAAACCGACGACUUCAGGGGUGAGUGCGGCGUGAAGUAUCCUCUACUCAAAACACUCAACGCUGAGCUGAGAGGAGGAGUCCCGGUGCCACCACCCGUAGACCCUAAGCCGACCGAGAAACCAUUCACUACGCAACCACCGGCAACUCAGCCACCGGCAACUCAGCCACCGAUGCCACCGCCUAGUGGUCUUUGCACGAAGAACGGUUUCGUACGAGAUCCGAAUGAUUGCAGCAAAUUUUACCAGUGCGCAAACAACGGCGGUACAUGGCAGAUGACACCAUUCCACUGUCCGAGCGGGACGGCCUUCGACCCCCAAAUCAAUGGUUGCAAUCACAGAAGUUCAGUUCCUGGAUGCAAUUAAAUAAUUAGACGGUGCCAACUGUGCCAUCCGACGACGGGUGGCGCGACAAUGCUUUUCUACCUGAUACAUCCUGUGCAAUACAAAAAACGAAAUAUUUCUUUGCAUUCUUUAUUAUCUAUGUAAAUAUCCUAAUUAAAUACUUUCUCAUGUU